AUGUCUGUCACUAAUACAGCAGCCUGCUGCACGCUUCCCCCAGUGCAGGCAGAGUACACCCCCAAGGGCUCCUACUCUGACUUUACCGGUCUCAAGACCUACAUCACCGGCGAGAAGGACGCCAAGCAGGCCGUCUUGAUUGUAUACGAUGUCUUUGGCUUCAGCCCGCAGAUCCUCCAAGGAGCGGACCUGCUUGCGAGCCAGGGGUACGCGGUGUACAUGCCUGAUUUCCUCGGUGGGGACUACGCCCAGCCCGAGUGGUUCAGCGGUAGCGAGGAGGGAACCAAGAUGCGCACCACCUGGUUCUCCAAGUUCCCCGGCUCCAUCUCGAGCCAGGCCAAGCCCGUCGGAAACGUCAUCAGCGAGAUCAAGAGCAAGCACGGCCAGGUCGGCGCGGCCGGUUUCUGCUGGGGCUGGAAGGUCCUCGUCAUGACUGAGAACGGGGACAAGCUUGCGGGUAUUGCGGGGUGCCACCCUUCGCUGAUUGCUGCGGACGACGUUGAGAAGCUCUCUGUGCCCGUCGCUCUUCUCCCUUCCGAAGGCGAGGACAUGAAGAUUAUUAACGAGAUUUACGAAGGCCUCGAGAAGAAGAGCCCCGGAUCCAGCUUCGUCAAGGAGUAUCCCAAGAUGCCGCACGGCUGGAUGGCCGCUCGUGGAGAUCUCAAGGGCGAGGAGGGGUCCAAGGCGUUCCACGAUGGGUAUUCCACCCUCGCUGCAUUCUUCAAGCAGAACAUGAAGUAA